AUGGGCGACAUGGCCAACAGUUCCAUUGAGUUCCACCCCAAGCCUCAGCAGCGGGACGCCCCGCACGCUGGUGGCUUUGGGUGCACGCUGGCUGAGCUGCGUGCCCUCAUGGAGCUCCGAGGGGCCGAAGCACUGCAGAAGAUUCAGGAAGCCUACGGGGACGUCAGCGGGCUCUGUAGAAGACUGAAGACUUCGCCCACUGAGGGCCUAGCAGACAACGCCAAUGACCUGGAGAAGCGCAGACAGAUCUACGGGCAGAACUUCAUCCCUCCCAAGCAGCCAAAGACCUUCCUGCAGCUGGUAUGGGAGGCCCUGCAAGACGUAACUCUCAUCAUCCUGGAGGUGGCUGCCAUUGUGUCUCUGGGCCUCUCCUUCUAUGCACCACCUGGGGAGGAGAGCGAAGCCUGUGGGAAUGUGUCUGGCGGGGCAGAAGAUGAGGGUGAGGCUGAGGCUGGAUGGAUCGAGGGGGCUGCCAUCCUGCUGUCUGUCAUCUGCGUGGUGCUGGUCACAGCCUUCAAUGAUUGGAGCAAGGAGAAGCAGUUUCGGGGCCUGCAGAGCCGCAUCGAGCAGGAGCAGAAGUUUACAGUCAUCCGCAACGGGCAGCUCCUCCAGGUCCCUGUGGCUGCACUGGUGGUGGGGGACAUCGCCCAGGUUAAGUAUGGAGACCUGCUGCCUGCGGAUGGAGUGCUCAUCCAGGGUAAUGACCUCAAGAUCGACGAGAGCUCCCUGACUGGCGAGUCGGACCACGUGCGCAAGUCAGCAGACAAAGACCCCAUGCUGCUCUCCGGUACCCAUGUCAUGGAAGGUUCUGGAAGAAUGGUGGUGACAGCUGUUGGUGUGAACUCCCAGACAGGCAUCAUCUUUACAUUGCUUGGAGCUGGUGGAGAAGAGGAAGAGAAGAAGGAUAAGAAAGGCAAGCAGCAGGAUGGGGCGAUGGACAGUAGCCAGACCAGAGCUAAGAAGCAGGAUGGGGCAGUUGCCAUGGAAAUGCAGCCUCUGAAGAGUGCAGAGGGCGGUGAGAUGGAGGAGCGGGAGAAGAAGAAAGCCAACGUGCCCAAGAAGGAGAAAUCGGUCCUGCAAGGGAAGCUCACGAAACUGGCGGUGCAAAUUGGGAAAGCAGGGCUGGUGAUGUCUGCUAUCACUGUCAUCAUCCUGGUUCUCUACUUUGUGAUCGAGACCUUUGUGGUGGAGGGCCGAGUGUGGUUGGCCGAGUGCACGCCAGUCUAUGUACAGUAUUUUGUGAAGUUCUUCAUCAUCGGCGUCACUGUGCUGGUGGUGGCUGUCCCUGAGGGCCUGCCUCUGGCUGUCACCAUCUCUUUGGCUUACUCUGUCAAGAAAAUGAUGAAGGACAACAACCUGGUACGCCAUCUGGAUGCCUGUGAGACCAUGGGCAAUGCCACAGCCAUUUGUUCAGAUAAGACGGGCACCCUCACCACCAACCGGAUGACCGUGGUCCAGUCCUACCUAGGAGACACCCAUUACAAAGAGAUUCCAUCUCCCAGCGCCCUGACCCCCAAGAUCCUUGACCUCCUGGUCCAUGCCAUCUCCAUCAACAGUGCCUACACCACCAAAAUACUACCUCCAGAGAAGGAAGGCGCUCUCCCACGCCAAGUGGGUAAUAAGACGGAGUGCGCUCUGCUGGGCUUCGUCCUAGACCUGAAGCGGGACUUCCAGCCUGUGAGGGAGCAGAUUCCCGAAGAUAAGCUUUACAAAGUGUAUACCUUCAACUCGGUCCGCAAAUCCAUGAGCACGGUCAUCUGCAUGCCUGAUGGCGGCUUCCGCCUCUUCAGCAAGGGAGCCUCGGAGAUCCUGCUCAAAAAGUGCACCAACAUCUUGAAUAGCAACGGUGAACUUCGAGGGUUUCGUCCGCGUGACCGGGAUGACAUGGUGAAGAAGAUCAUUGAGCCCAUGGCUUGUGAUGGCCUUCGCACCAUCUGCAUUGCCUACCGAGACUUCCCUUCAAGCCAAGAGCCUGACUGGGAUGAUGAAAACGAGGUGGUGGGCGACCUCACCUGCAUAGCUGUUGUGGGCAUCGAGGACCCCGUGCGGCCUGAGGUCCCUGAAGCAAUUCGCAAGUGUCAGCGUGCUGGCAUCACAGUCCGCAUGGUAACUGGGGACAACAUCAACACAGCCCGAGCCAUUGCGGCCAAGUGUGGCAUCAUCCAGCCAGGAGAGGACUUCCUGUGCUUGGAGGGGAAAGAGUUCAACCGGAGAAUCCGCAACGAGAAAGGCGAGAUAGAACAGGAGCGGCUGGACAAAGUGUGGCCCAAGCUGAGGGUGCUCGCCCGGUCCUCUCCCACUGACAAGCACACUCUGGUCAAAGGGAUCAUCGACAGCACCACCGGUGAGCAGCGGCAGGUGGUGGCUGUGACCGGGGAUGGCACCAAUGAUGGGCCAGCCCUCAAGAAGGCAGACGUGGGCUUUGCCAUGUGCAUCCUUCUAGGCGAGACCAAGCAGAGCUUGCCAGAUGGGGGCCAGGCGUGGGGGGAGCUCUUGUUCGACAUCGACAGCGGGCGGAAUGCACCUCUGCACUCACCGCCAUCAGAGCACUACACCAUCAUCUUCAACACCUUCGUCAUGAUGCAGCUCUUCAAUGAGAUCAACGCCCGCAAGAUCCACGGUGAGAGGAAUGUCUUCGAUGGCAUCUUCAGCAACCCCAUCUUCUGCACCAUUGUUCUGGGCACCUUUGGAAUUCAGAUCGUCAUCGUCCAGUUCGGCGGGAAGCCCUUCAGCUGUUCCCCGUUAUCCACAGAACAGUGGCUCUGGUGCCUGUUUGUUGGCGUUGGGGAGCUUGUCUGGGGACAGGUCAUCGCCACCAUCCCCACCAGCCAGCUGAAGUGCCUGAAGGAAGCAGGGCAUGGGCCCGGGAAAGAUGAGAUGACGGAUGAGGAGCUGGCCGAGGGGGAAGAGGAGAUUGACCACGCUGAGCGGGAGCUCCGCAGGGGCCAGAUCCUCUGGUUCCGAGGCCUCAAUCGGAUUCAGACGCAGAUCCGAGUGGUGAAAGCAUUCCGUAGCUCGCUCUAUGAAGGUCUGGAAAAACCGGAAUCUAAGAGCUCCAUCCAUAACUUCAUGGCAACGCCCGAGUUUCUGAUCAAUGACUACACCCACAACAUCCCGCUCAUAGACGACACGGAUGUGGAUGAGAACGAGGAGCGCCUCCGGGCCCCACCCCCACCAUCCCCCAACCAGAACAACAAUGCCAUAGACAGCGGCAUCUACCUGACCACGCAUGUCACCAAGUCAGCUACCUCUUCGGCAUUCUCUUCCAGACCCGGGAGCCCACUCCACAGCAUGGAGACGUCCCUCUAA